AUGCCACGCUUCCUCGGCCUUCGAGGCAAUAGCCUCAACAUCGUAGCCAUUCUGGGGGUCCUCAUGCCUGGAAUCCUCACAACUGGUUACAACGCAUCACUACUCGGCGGUGUCUUGACACUGAAGAACUUUGAAGAACAAUUCCCCGAAAUCAACAUUGCCGCUGCCCAUGAUAAAUCACAUGCGUCAACAGUCCAAGGCCUUGUUGUGGCUUCUUACACGAUAGGAGGAUUUUUUGGAACUCUCUCAUGUAUAUGGCUAGGUGAUGUAUUUGGCCGCCGACGGACAAUAAUGGCAGGGUCAGUGAUCCAAGUCCUUGGCGCUGUUUUGAUGGCGAGUGCAGGCUCUCUCGCGCAGCUCUUCACAUCUCGGGUCAUCCUUGGUGUAGGAACUGGUGUUCUGUUGGCCACAAUCCCUCUUUGGCAAUCGGAGAUAUCGCCUGCCGAAAAGCGCGGUGCUCAUGUCGGCAUGAAGGGAAUAUUCAGUGGCUUUGGGUGCGCUCUCGCCCUUUUCCUGGACUUUGGAAUGUCAUUCACCAAAGGCAGUGUUGCCUGGAGAUUUCCUUUCGCAAUCCCCCGGUGGCUUAUCCGACAAGGCCGACUUUCUGAGGCUAGUGAAGUCCUGGCAGCUCUUGAGGAUACAUCUGUCGAGGAUGAAGCUGUGGAAGCUAAAAUCAAAGAUGUCCAGACAUCACUGGAUCUUUUCAAAGAAAAGUCACUUGGACAAAUAUUCCACAUGGGUCCCCAAAGAACCUUCCACCGAGCUAUACUUGCUGCUUUGGCAAUGUUGUUCUUGCAACUCACUGGAUCUACAGUCAUCACUUUUUACACAACCGCAAUCUUCGAGAACAACCUUUCGCUCGGCAAUUCCACAUCCACGGUCCUGGCAGCAGUUUAUCAGCUAGUCGGUCCCCUUGGUGGGGCCUUCUGUGUUCUCAAAGUUGACGGUCUUGGUCGCCGUGUGUUGCUUCUAGGCAGUGCCAUCGGAAAUACCGUCUGUCUAGCUCUGGUAGCUGGUCUCGGAACCCAGGCCGACAACCCACUUGCGAUGCGCUGUGCGGUUUUUUUCAUUUUCCUAUUUCAUUUCAGCUACAUCAUUGGAUUUGGCGCGAUACCCUAUCUCUACGCCACGGAGAUUGCGCCGUUACAUCUACGCACGACUAUCAACAGCUUCAGUAUCAGCAUAUCCUGGGCGGUCAGCAUCAUACUCACCAGUGUCACGCCCAUCGCAUUCAACAGUAUGGGCCAGACAUACUUUGUCAUUUUUGCUGGCUUGAAUGCAAUGAUGAUACCUAUCAUCUAUUACCUGUUUCCCGAGACCGCUGGUCGUAGUCUCGAGGAAAUGGACAAGAUCUUCGCUCUUUCGCGGGGUGUCUUGGAUGCUGUCAAAGUCGCUCGACUUCUUCAACACGGACAGGAAAUUGAUCAGUCGCUUGAGAAGGACCUUGACCCAAACUUCAAGUGCCCUGAGCUUCAGCUUCGUGAGGUAUAUUCGGCUUAA